UUAAUCUCUACGCUUCUCUCUCUGCAAUUACUCCUUGAGAGCAUCUCUCUCUAGAAUACUGAGUAUUGCUGACUUGAGCGUUGGAGUGUUUUCCCCGAGGAAACAGCCUCGAGAUUUUCAGGUGUAGAAGCAGCUGAGGACUUCAACAGUGUUGGAUUGCGAAGCUGCCCAAACAGUUUCCUUUACUGCUUUUUUUUUGGUUUGGUAAAGGAGAGGAAGAUGAGUGGUUGUGGUGUGAGCAAAAUCAGGUGGCGAUGUGAGCAAAAUCAGGGGACAAUCUGUUAUGCUUUGCUGCUUUUGUUUGGGCCGGUAAAGGAGUGGAAGAUGAGUGACAGAGGCGUGAGGCUCGAAGGAGAUGAGGCUGAUGGACGACUGGUGAAUGAGAUGCCGACGAAAGUGAAGCAGGGAGAUUAAGUGCUUUGCUGCUUCUGUUUGGCGAUGGAGAUGCCAAUGGACUCACAGAGAUGGAGCAGGGAUGAGGGAGAGGGAUGUUGAUAGCCGAUUGCAGUUCUGCACUUCUGCUUCUGUUUUGCUUUCUAAUUUUGCUUUUCCCAUGUUGUUUUUACAUAAUAGUCCUUGCUUAUUAGGGUUUUUAAUUUAAUUUAAGUAUAAAGUUAAGGUUUUUUC